UGGAAUCAGCAGGAUCAUACAGAGAAAGGAGCAUGGUGAUGACUGAAUGAAGUCACACUGUAGGUUUUCCUUCUUCUACCUGGAACUUUGAUCUCAGCUGUUUCUGACUCUUCACCUCUGUCUCCUCUCACAGGAGAAGAUGAUCUGCUGGAUCCUGCAGCUCAUCAUCCUGACCUCCUGUGUCUGUGCAGGAGCAUUUGUAGUGACAGUGACACAGAGCUCCUAUCAGGCAGAGGAGAACCACAACGUCACACUGGAAUGGAGGUUCACACCCAAACCUGACAGCUCCUCCAACUCCCUUUAUAUCUACUGUCAACUGAUCACUGAUCACAAAGUCUCAGUCCUGUAUCAUCUACAUGAGGGUGUUGAGGUCCCAGAGUCUCAGGAUGAACAGUUUUCAGGACGAGUCCAGUGCAACAAAGACGUCCUCAGAGAGGGACGACUCACACUUCAUGUGUCCAGUCUCAGGACUGAGGACUCAGGCCUGUACCUGUGUGAUGUGAGGACAGAUUAUGGUGUGAGCAAUGACAAAUGUCAACUCACUGUCAGCGCAGCUGCUGAUCCCCCCAAACCUCACAGACCAACUGUGAGCCCACAACCAGAGAGUCGGGGAAGGAUUGGUCUCUAUGCUGGACUGGGACUGGGACUGGGACUGGUACUGGGACUGGCAGCAGCUCUACUGGUCAAAUUCUGCUUUGCCUCAAGAGAGCUGCAGCAGCACGCGUCCACCUAUCUGACCAACAUGAACAACAGUCUGGACGUGGAGUCCUGUGGGUGUCCUCUCUGCUCUGACUGCAGCUGGAACCUCUGUGAGAGGCUGCUGUGA